UUUGCUAGUAAACAGUGUCUUCGUUAAAAGGAUGGGAUGGCUGAUCAAAACAAUUUUAUUCAAAAUUAUAAGCUUUUUGUCACGAAAAAUCCAUUAUUAGCUAAUGAAAUCGAAGUUGGAUUAAAAUGGAUGUCUUAUAUUGUAGCUGGUCGGUUUUCACAAUCACAGGUCAUUACGGAGUUGAUUCACUGUGCUUCGAAUUUACUCACUCUUCUUAAUGAUAGUAUACUGAGAAAGUCUAUUGGUAUUCCCGUGCACAUUAAUGUUGCUGUUGAGAAAUUACAGACUUAUCUAGCUGUGCUUGAAUAUGCUGAAGUGUUUGCAGAAAUUGCGGCACGUCGUCUAUCGGGGAAUCGUGGCAGAUGGUUUAUCAUUGUUUCAGUUCAAGUUGUAAAAACUUUUAUUCGGUCUGUGCUUUUACUUAAAUAUGAACAAGGACUUCAAUUAUCACCUCCCAUUCCACCUCUGAAUAGAAGACGAGAGAUAUCUCUUGCUGAAUCUAAAAGCAAAAAACUUUCUUCUACCGAAAAGACAGAUGAUUCCACUUUUACUUUGAAAAGAUCUGGAAGAGUUAUACGAACUUUGGAAACUGCUCCACCAUUGACAGCCAGAUCUUGGAAAGUACCAAAGUCAGAAAAUAAUACAAACUUACCUCUAAGAAAUCCAACAAAAUUGGUGAAUCGUCAUUUUACAGCUGAAAUGCUGCAUCUUUUCCGACCUUUGAUCCACUUAUUGUCGGUUGGAGCUUUUGGAGAAUUAUCUUGGAAGCCUUGGGUGGUUGCACUUGGAAUUGAUAUUGCAAGCUUGCAUAUGCUUAAAGAAAAUGAAAAAUUCAACCGUACUGAAAGAAUUGAAAUUAACCGACGUGCCUUAACCAUGCUUAUCUACUUACUGAGGUCUCCUUUCUAUGAUCAAGUUUCAAAGACACAUAUAAUAAAUUUACUGAAGCAAUUGGCUGAUACUAUUCCUGGGAGUGGGUUAAUAUUACGUCCAUUGAUUGAAUACUUACCUGAGUGGCAACAGUCUUAUUUUUAUACGUGGGAUGCAUGAAUUAGGAAUUGUUUUUAGACUUUGACCAUUGAAUAUUUUCUGUUUUUUUCUCAUUUUAAUGAAAAUAAAAAUAAAU